ACCACAGAUAGAAUUUGAUGAAUCAUCGAUGCCUUCAACUACAAUUCGUAUCGAUUCAUCUGUGAUUAAGAAGCUGAGUCACAAUGCUAGCGAACGCGAUCGUCGUAAGAAAAUGAACAUUUUGUACUCUACUCUCAGGUCAUUACUUCCGGCAACGGAUCAAACGAAAAAAUUAAGCAUUCCAGCUACAAUUUCUCGGAUACUAAAGUACAUACCAGACUUGAGAAAACAAGUGGAGAGGUUGAAACAAAGGAAAGAAGAGAUCCAAUCAAUUAUCUCAAGGCAAGGAGAUCAUCCACCUAAUAAUGAAAAUCAAAGACAAAGCAAUGUUGCAACAUCUUUGCCUACUGUUUCGGCCAGUCAAGUUGAUGAUAAAGAAAUUUUGAUUCAGAUUUGUACAUAUAGGGAUUCCAGAAGUCCACUUUCUGAAGCUUUAAUCUAUUUGGAAGAAGAAGGUCUUCAAGUCUUGAAUGCUUCAGGUUUUGCCUCAUUUGGAGAAACCAUCUUUUAUAAUUUUCAUCUUCAGAUGAAAGAAAGUCGAAGGAUGGAGUGUGAGAUAUUGAUUCAGAAGCUGCUAUUGAUGUUUGGGAAGAGAGAAGACAUGUUAGAUAUUGAUUUUGCCACUAGAUAA